AAAGAAAUAUUAUUUUUAUAACAGCGCCAUCCGGUGAGAAUAAAAAAAUCGGAUAUCAAACAUGGCUUCCUUAUCGAGUAUAUUACCUGUGCCAGUUCAGAGGUUUGAUAGGGAUGAUGAAGAAAAGGUUUUCAGAUCCUCUGUUUCUCAACUACAGAUUACUUCUGUUACAAGUCGUACAGCACCUCCUUACGGACAUAGGAAAGGAUGGGUUCCUAGAACACAAGAGGAUUUUGGCGAUGGAGGAGCAUAUCCUGAGAUUCCUGUGGCUCAGUAUCCAUUAGGUAUGGGAAGAAAGCAGACAACUUCAAAUGCUCUAGCAGUUCAGUUAGAUGCAGAAGGGAAAAUUAAAUAUGAUGCUAUUGCUCGACAGGGUCAUGGUAAAGACAAGGUCAUACAUUCACGACCUCAAGAUCUUUUACCUAAACCUAUUGAGGAGGAUGAUCCUGCUUUACAAAAGCCAUCUGAAGAAGCAAUACAAGAGAAUACAGAAAAAACCAGGCUGGCAUUAGAAAAAUUAAUUUCAGGCAAAAUCAGUGCUGCUAUGCCUGUACGUCAUGCAGAAAAACCUGCCCCAGCACAGUAUAUCAGGUAUACUCCAUCACAGCAAGGUGUGGCAUUCAACUCAGGAGCUAAGCAAAGAAUCAUUAGAAUGGUAGAGACACAAAAGGAUCCAAUGGAGCCUCCCAGAUUCAAAGUCAACAAAAAGAUUCCCAGAGGCCCACCUUCUCCUCCUGCACCUGUUAUGCAUUCACCUAAUAGAAAGGUGUCAGUAAAAGAACAACAAGACUGGAAGAUCCCACCUUGUAUUUCAAAUUGGAAAAAUAACAGAGGUUAUACGAUACCUCUUGACAAACGUUUGGCAGCUGAUGGCCGAGGACUUCAGGGUGUUCACAUCAAUGAAAACUUUGCUAAAUUGGCUGAAGCUUUGUAUAUUGCAGACAGAAAAGCUAGAGAAGCUGUUGAAAUGCGUGUCACACUUGAGAAGAAUAAAGUGAAGACUAUAAAGGAGAAAAAGGAACAAAACUUACGACAACUAGCUCAGAAAGCUAGGGAAGAGCGAGCUGGCAUUCGCAGGGAGGAAGUUGUUGAGAAAGAUGAGUCUGCUGCUGAGCGUGAUGAGGUCAGGCGUGAUAGAGCCAAAGAAAGACAGAGAGAGCGAAACAUUGCACGAGCUGCUCCAGAUAAACGCAAUCGUCUUCAAAGAGAUAAAGAAAGAGACAUCAGUGAAAAAAUAGCUCUUGGCUUGCCAAAUACUGGAGCAGGAGGCAGUAAAGAAACACAGUUUGACCAGAGACUCUUUAACAUGAGUAAAGGAAUGGAUAGUGGUUUUGGUGAUGAUGAAGCUUACAAUGUCUAUGAUAGACCUUGGAGGGAAGAAGGAACUAUUUCCAAGACAAUCUACAGACCUUCCAAAAAUUUGGACAAUGAUCUUUAUGGUGAUGAUUUGGAAGCAAUAAUGAAAACCAAAAGAUUUGUGCCAGAUAAAGACUUUGAGGGCACUGACAGAAAUCGUCGACGAGAAGGCCCAGUUCAGUUCACAAGAGAUGUGGAAGAAGAUCCUUUCAACUUGGAUCAAUUCAUUACUGAUGCAAAGAAAGGUCAAAAGAGAACUGGUGAUGACUCUCGGUCUUCUAGGGACUAUGAUAGUAAAAGUAGCAGUAACAAAAAAAGACGUGAAUAGUUCAGUUUGAGUUCUUUAAAAUUGGUGUGAUUGUUGCAUAGGUUUCAAUGUGACUGACUUUUGAUUGCCACAUUCUUUUCAAUGAUAUUUUAAAAUAUUGUUGAUAAAUCAAUUAAAUAAAUGAAAAUAGUUACAUAUUCAUUUUUUUUUCUGCAAUGUAUUUUUUUUCAUAAAGAGUUUUAAUGUUUUUAUUUUAUACAUUGUGUUAUUGUUUUUAUUUUAUACAUUGUGUUAUGGUUGGUUGAAACAUGUUACAUGAUUAAGAAUUAAGAUUUGUUGCUUUUAAGAACUCAGUUUGAAAGUUUUAUGUCCAACUAGUCUUUUUUUUUUUUAAGAAGACUUAAGUUACAUUUGUGAGAAAUGAAAGAUUCUAGGAUUUGAAAACUACAUAAGGACUAUUGUUUUCAACUAGUUCUAACAGUUUCUGUUGAUGCCAAGAGAUAGGUUUAAUUUAGUAUACAUUUUAUUAAUAAAAUUAGGCAGUCAUAGUGCAAAAAUAGCUCACUGGAUCUGAAUAAAUGACAUAAAACAAAUUGAAGAACAAAAAAAAUAGUUUAUUAAACAAAAUGUAAAUACUCAAUGACUUAUAAAUUCACUUUGUUUAUAAAUGCAAGUAUAGUUAUCAUUAAUGGAAUAGAAGAGUUUCAAAAGUUAUAAGAAUAUAGAAUUUAUUGAGUCCAAAGUAGAAGGAAGAUAUUACAUAGCUGUAAAAAAAAGGUUAUACCAACAUUGACCAAGUUCUCCUAGCAUUACUACAGCAGAUACAUUUUGUGGAUUGUGUAAGAAAUGUUGGGGUUUGUCAGGAUCCUUGAACAAGUCUUUUCAAAAGCCAGUUGUCAUAUCUUCCCAUCCCAGCAGAAGUGAAUCUCUUGUUAGUCUUACACAUACUUAAAAGUUUAGUAAUUACAAUAUUUCUGAAUUUACUGAAAAUAACUUGCAUGUUUAUAAUAUUUGAUACAGGGAAUAGAAGUAACAUAUUAGCACCACCAAAAUGAACUUAUUUGUUCUUCUGUUGACUUUAUCACUGUCACUUGACACAUAGGUGCAACGACCUGCUUACUACGUCUUCGUUAGGGAUAUUAAUUUAAACAGUUGAAACAUAUUUGUUGGUUGUUUUAAAGUGUUUGUUUUUUUAUUUCCUUUAUUUUCAAUUUAAUUUUUUUUUUUCAAAUGUUUUUAGAUUCUACUGUGAGAAUUAUUUUGUAAAGAAUGUCUCCAGUUCUAUUCUCAUUUACAAGGUUGUUGUUUUUUUAGUUUUUAUUUCAAUAUUGCAUUCUGAGACUGGUUAGAGAUCAUGCAGGUGGGCAGUCAUCUUGUGACAAUCUGGUCAUUGAUAGUCCAUCAUUUAUGCAAGUCAUUGCAAAACAGCACACUUUUUUUUCCUUGGCAGUCUGCAAAAGAGCUCACAGCUCAGCAGCAAUAAAGCUGGCUAGGAGAAGAAGAAUGCAAGUCAAUAUUAUACAGUCCUAAUAAUAGGGAGUGGCUUGCCCUUACUCUUUAAUCAUUUUAAGACAUGUAUUUUGUUAAUCCAGUUGGUGUUUUUCCUUAUUAAAAAAAAACAACAAGGGACUCUGCAGUACUUUAUAAACCAAACUGCAUUAUCUACCUGGUUGAAAAUGUUAUUAGAUUUUUUAAAAAUAAUUUGAAGACAUGUACUAAACAAAUAUUUGAUUAUAAAUGAAUGUUCUUACAUCAACUGGGGCAACAGAUUUAUAGAUAUUUACUUAUGGCAAUGUUGAAAGAUUCUCAUUUAUACAAUUUCCCUUACUGUCUUAGAUGCUAGUUUUGGUCAUUUUAUCAGAGGGAUGUUUGUAAAAUGUUUCACAUGUUUUCGGAUGUUCCUUCAGAGUUGAAGAUAAUCUAUUUCCUAGUCCAAACGAUGAGGGAUGGCAGCGGGCAGGGUAUGAACCUGGGACCAUCAAGACAACCAAAUGACAGUCAAGUGUGCAUACCUCACGACCAGGCAGCCAUCACUAUAAAACAAUUUUUAGGCUUAGGGCCUUACUGGAGUCCCUAUAGCAGUUUCAAUCUUUUUUUUUUUUGUAUAAUAAUGUAUAUGUUUUAAUAUUUCAUUUAACAAAACCGAUUUGAAUGUGUAUUUGUAUUUGAAUGAAUGUCUCAUUUAAUCACGUUAUUGUUACUUCCCAUAUACUAUCAAUACAUUCAUAGAGAUGGC